AUGGGAGAUACUCAGAACGAAGCGCUGGUUGUGAAUGUCGUGGAGGAUGAUGAUUCGGCUUCCACUGCUGACAGUGGCAUCGGGAAUGCCAUACCCAGAAAUCCAUCGGAUGCAUGGCAACUAUUGAAAGCUGUAGCAAGCCGAGAAGCGGAUCAUCUGCAGGCCAUUGCGAGCGGGAAAAGUCAGGACUACUCUUCGACCCAGUUACCUCCAAGUGGGACCAUUUCCGAACCUCGAGGCUCCAUCAAUGGGAUCCAUGCCGGCAUAUCAAGCUAUCGGCUCGUGCGAGAAGGCUACCUGACCCCCGACCUCAUUCAAAUACUUGUCAGACGAUAUGCCGAACAUUAUCAUCCAUAUCUUCCUUUGGUCCCCCGAAAAUACUUCGAUCCAGCGCAAUUGGACCUCUUUGCCGUCAAUGACAAACACCUCUUGACUGCUGUGCUCACCAUUGCCUCCAAAGACCAGAUCGACCAGCCGAAUGUUCAUAUCUGCUGUUCGCGAUAUAUGCACGACCUCAUCUCCGGGAUUGCGGCUGGCCAUGACUGUGAAGUGGAAGCCGUUGAAGCUCUGCUCUUGCUCGCCGAAUGGGAACCUCAGGGUCUCCGUAACCGGAUCGAAGCUGUGGGAAGAGGCGAGGAAGACCGAUCGGCUUGGAUGCACGUCGGAAUCGCUCUUCGUACCGGCUAUUUCCUGGGCUUGGACCGAACAGCUUUUCGCCAGGAGUCAGCGGAGGAGGCCAAAAUCGAUGGGCGCAAGCGUCUAGCCUGGGCCAACUGCUAUGUUUCGGACCGACUGAUCUCAGUCAGGAUUGGCAAAGCAUUCUGGUCUCGCGGGCCUGGACCCAUGACAGGUCUUUCAUCUCAAGAUUUCCCGUCGCUACAACCUUUCAGUCCCGGGGACGAAGACUACGCCAAAAUCAUGCAAGCUACGCUUGACUUGACACAGCUCUACUCGAAUGUUCACGAUGUCUUGUACUCAGGAAUGCGCACGAGCGGCCAAAUGAUGCUUAUGGGAGACUACGUCAAAUACGUGGACGACUUCAGAAUGGCCAUUGCGCGCUGGAAUACCACCUGGGGAAGUUUGGAGUGUUCGCCACAUAUCAAGAUUACCUUGCAGAUGUCUUACGAAUACCUGUGCCUCUAUACCAACGCUUUUGUAUUCCAAGCGGCGAUAUCUCAGGCAAUUGCCAAUAAGCCCAAGAGCGAUGCCCACCCUCUGAGAGACCAUCUUCGGAGCGUCUUCAGCAAUGUGGGAGCCAUGCCGGAUGCACGCUUCAUAUGGGCCAGUGUUGCCGCUGCCAAAGCAUAUCUGACAUUGCUCAGUACCCAUAUCGAUCCCAGCAGAUGUCUACGGUACAUGCCAUUGAGAUAUUAUCUCUACAGCAUCUACUCUGCGGUAUUUCUGUACAAAGCCCGGUCCUUUGGCGUGAUGACGGACAUGGAAGAACGACAGGUUCGACAGCUGGUCGGACAAGCCAUGGAGGUUCUCAGGAGAGCCUCUGUGUCAGCUCAGGAUCCCGGUUCGCGUUAUGCCCGACUCCUGGAAUUGCUGUGGCUGAAGACCCCGAAAGGCAGUUCUCAUGUGCAACAUCACAUGCAGUCUCCCGCAGCGUCCGAUACUCAAUUGUCGUCGACUGGAAGCGUGCGAGUGGACGCUCAGGGUUACAUGCAGUACAGCCCAGCUAACGACUUUUCAUGGCUCGAUCUUGAGGCGGUCGGAGAAUAUGUCUCUGGCGACCAGAUGCCAGGUAGUGGAAUCAGCCUCCUUGCGCCUAUGGUUGGGUAUGACGCACCGCCCUCGUUCAUGCCUCAGGCGCAGGGCAUGCAAUGGCAACAGCAAAACAGCGGUAUGAACUGGCCAAUAGACGGAUCAGGCAACCUCUUUUUCUAA